AUGAGAUUAAUUCCGCCGGUGCUGGCGUGGUACAUGAGGGUGGAGACCGACUCGCUAGUACACACGCCCCGUCUCGGUCUGCAACGUCGGCAGGUGCAAUGUCGCAAGAAGGACGGACAAUUCGUAGAAGCCAUGUACUGCGGUCCAGUGCUAGCAGAGAUAGGUACAGCUCGCGUUUGUGUGAUCAAGGAAGACUGUGUGCUAGCUGAGUGGUUGCCAUGGAGACCACGACCUGACGGCGCUCUGGUGCGAACCCGAAGACUGAAACGAUUGCCGCAAGGUGGUGGCAAGGAAUGCGAUGUAGUUGAGGAAGUAAGGCCUGCAGCACUGGAGGCGAGCGCGCACUGGACUCCUGGACCCUGGGGACAGUGCAAGGUGGCCAUCGAGAUCGGACACUCCAUGCUUCAAGCAGUGAACACUGAUGAUGACGAUGAUGCUGAUGACAAUGACGGGACCUAUGAUGAUGACGACGAUGACGACGAUGAUGAUGAUGGGAGAGUAGUGCGGGAUGUGGGUUGCGGGGGAGGGGUGCAACGCCGGGACGCAACAUGUGUACGCGCAGAUGGGCGAGCUCUACACCCCGCGCAGUGUGCUCAUGCGCCUAUGCCUACCCUUGUUCAACCUUGUGAGGUACCUUGUCCACGUGACUGCGAGGUUGGCGAAUGGGGCGAGUGGGGAGCCUGCCAACCUACUGACGGCUGCCCUCUGUUCCCAGUACAACAACUCACUACCACUGGCUAUAGUGUUCGACGACGGCGAGUGAUCUCAGCUGCUUCGGGAGGCGGAGCGCCGUGUCCUCCUCUAGAAGAGAAGCGAACAUGCAGCACUCCUCGCUGCGCCUCAAGGAAGCUCAACGCGCCUGGUGCAGUGGUACAGGAGCUCCCCCUCGUAGUGAGAGAUGCCGCAUCGCUUGUGCUGGAGACUGUGUGGUGUCGUCCUGGGGAGCCUGGAGUCAUUGCUCAGCUUCAUGCGCUGCUGCUUCUCAUCCACGACCUUCCAGAACUAGGCGACGACAUAUACUGGCUCACUCUGCUCCCAAACGAGACGUGCAACACUCACGCGUGCGCCACGUACUCCUGGCUGGCCACUCCCUGGGGACCCUGCGAGAGAAGGCGACAGGACUUCAUUCCUGUUAACAACUAUACUGAUUUACUGGACGGAGAGACCUUCAACGAGAGUGACGAAGAUGAGCCGUGUAUCGAGGAAGGAGAAAUGAUGCGAGACGUGAUGUGCGUUCAGAACAAUGCCGAUGUUGUAAGGGAAGCUUUGUGUGCUCCUCUCCGUCGUCCAGCCUCUCGUCGCGCGUGUACGGUACGUUGUCGCCGCGGCUGCAGAGUCGAGGCGUGGAUGCCGUGGUCGCCCUGCCCUAAUACUUGUGAGCCAGGCAAGCAGGUCCGAGUGCGAGUAGUCCACGGCGGUCCGAGCUGUGGGUCCCGCAUGGAGACGCGCGAGUGUCCGGUGUCUCGCACGUGUCGCGCGCGCGACGCCGCCUGGGUCGCCGGCGACUGGAGCACGUGUCGCCUGCCGCCCAUGCAACGCUGCGGAGUCGGAUACAGGGUUCGAAGCAUCUGGUGUGGUUCCGAGUCUCACCGCGUGGAAGCCGGAGCGUGCGCCGAUACCUGGACGCGUCUGACCCUGAUGUUCCAAACUGCGUUUGUAAGAACGUUUCCUUGGAGCUGUUACCAACCGACUCUGACUGCAUCCUUCCAUCUGGGUCCAAGUCGUGUCCGUGAAGCCUCCACGGACGGCUACCUGUACGACGUCGAGUUCCCGUCCUUGUUGCGCGGCGCGUGCACUGUGCGCUGCGCACGGGACUGUGCGCUCGGGGAGUGGGGGGAGUGGGGACCGUGCGCGUCUGAACCUGGAUCUAGGGCUGCAUUCCGAUUCCGUACUAGGGAGGUGAUAGAGGAAGGGUCAGGCGGAGGUCGUGAGUGCGGCGCGACCCUGCAGCGCGCGACGUGCGCGGUGUCGGAGCCGCGGUGGGCGCUCGGCGACUGGAGCGUCUGCGCACCGCCGCGCGCGCUCUGCGGACUCGUGUUCCUCAUUAUACUGAAGGUCAUGACUACCUCCAUGGAACACUCCUCCAAACACAAUGUCACGCCAGAAACAUUAAAACCACUAACAAUAUCGAUCUACCCCUACAGCUGCGUGGACUCAGACGGCGUGGACCUGGACCCGACGACAUGCGAGGCGGCGGGCGCGGGCCCCGCCCCGACGCAGGACGCGGCGUGUCGCGCGCCCUGCCCCAAUGACUGCGUCGUCAGCUCCUGGUCCGAGUGGAGCCCCUGCGAACAGACUAAAUGGGGAGGUCGUCGUGAUCGUACCCGCGUGGUGCUGCGCCCCGCUGAUGACGGAGGUUCCCCAUGUCCACACCUCGUGGGGGCGGAGCCCUGCUCCCCCCACGCGUACACCUGGCACGUCGCACCUUGGGAUGACUGUCAGCCUUUAGGAGGAUCCCCAUGUGGUGAAGGUACAAAGAAGAGAGCUGUCAGGUGUCUGCGAAGUGACGGUGUUUUUGUUAACGAUUCAUUCUGCCCUAACACUACAACAACCGAAGCCAAGGAGUCGUGGUGCUACGUGCCGUGUGGAGUGGACUGUGAGCUGAGUGAACAACACCUGACGGCGGCAGUGUGGCCGGGUCGCGCAUGCCCGGCCACGGAACAGCGCGCGCCGUGUCCGCGCGAGCCGUGCCUCAAGCUAGUAGCGCGGCCCACGCUCGGGUGCCACGUACAGACGGCAACAGGCCUAGAAGCAGUUGGUGCAUGUGGGUUCGGAGUAAAAGUAUCCCACGUGCGCUGUGAACUGACCUCGGCGGUCGAUGACACCGCCGACCUGUACUUGCAGCCCUGGCGCUGCGCUGCAGUACUUCCUGGCAGGAUCGUCGCACCACCCAUGCAUUACCAGGAGGACGAAAUCUGCGAGGUGGAGUGUGGAUGCAAACAGUCGGAGUCUGGCCAGCCGGGCCCCUGGGGCUCGUGGGGCCCCUGCCGCGGCGGGGCCCGCUCCCGCACCCGGCAGCUACUUGUACCAGCUCGACGAGCUUGUAGUACUCCUUCCAGAUACGUGACAAUUGAAUGGGCUAACUGCACGGGCGAGUUGGACGAGAUCCCCGACUUGUUGGCCGUGGAGCCGCGCGAGGACAAACCGCGUCGCGCGUCCGCCAGCCAGGACAUCUACCACGACGGAUAUAUCGAGGGCAGCACUUCAGUACUGGCGGUGGUGUGGACGGCCACCAUCGUGCUCAGUCUGUACGGAGCUUACAUGUUGUACCGCGGCUUUAUGAGAUGCCUGAGGAGUAGAAAACUGAAGACGAUCACGAAAGUGUAAUGUAGAAGCAGGUAAUACAUAUACAUGUGACAACUCGCUCGCCGCGCGGCGUCGCUCGCGGCCCUUCACGUUCUCGUGGACAUUCUGUUCGUUUUAUGAUCAGAUUGCGUUGUUCUAGUGUACGACUACUAUCGUUGAGUUUACUGCCCUAUGUUGAUGUUACAUCUUUGAUCUGUUUGCUCAUUUCAUUAUUUGCGAAUUAUAAAGGUUUACCAUUUCUCCAAUUACAUAUAUCUGUAUCUGUAACCGCAUCAACUACUAGUAAUAUACUUAACAAAUGAUAGCCAGCAAAGAGUCUGUCCGCAGGAGUGCUUCCAUGUUUUUACUACGUAUAUAAAAAUAAUGCUUUAGACGGUUUUUAUAACUCCACGCUAAACGAUUAGCCGAAGCGUUGGUCGGGCUUUUUGAUUGACAAUAUACUCGUUAGCUGUAAUACUAGCUAGCUACGCCCGUAGCGGACUGUAGGCGAGGCGGUGGACGCCUUCCACACAUUCCAACCGUCGGAUACUCAGGCAAUGUGCAUCACACAGAGCCGUCCAUUUUGAUAAGCGAUACUUGAAGUGACGAUUGGCUAGGAACUUCAUACAUUCCUUUCAACAUCACCAGACUACUCGUUGAAAUUACCGCAAUUGUAAGCAACUGUAUCUAUUUUCAAUACAACUUUCAGUGUCUAUUUUUUAUAAAUAAUAACUUUUACAAUGAUCUUUUUUCGCACAAAUACUAAUGUAAUGUAAGUGUAAUUCCGAUGCUUAAUUGAUUUACAGUAAGUAUUGUAAGCAUUUUAACGAUACAGUAAGUAAGUCGAUGUCGAGGACGACUAGUCGCCAGCCGCUAGUCGGUACUGCCGGGGAAGACUUGUGUUGACCAAGUUA